CUCGCACUCCAUAAUCAUGCUCGGCCAGACAUUGAGGGCUUCGUCCCAAUCGCUCGCGAGAGCCGCCCUGCGCCAGAAUGCCGUCACCCUCCGCCGCACCUUCAUCACGCCCACCGCAGUGAGGCAGGCGGAUCUCGUGCAAGAUAUGUACCUCAAGGAGCUCAAGGCUUACAAGCCAGCUCCGCUCAAGGCCAAUGAUUCCGAAGGCCAAGUUCAAAAGUUUACCGUCCCAAAGCCACCACCAUCACCAGAAGAGGCCGACCUCCAGAACGACCUCCAGGCAUACGAGCAGCAGACACCAGAAGUAGCAGGUCAGGCAAGCGCGGGAGAGUCUGCUCCAGUUCAGGAUUGGUUUGUUGAGGAGGAUGAAGAGGAAGAGGCCCAUGGUCACCAUUAGAUGCGUUGAGGGAGACUGGGAAGAGGACGUGUAACAUACUACGGUGAAGCAAAGAGCCAACACCAGUGCUGUGGAAAUACAAUGAGCGUGCGCUGCACUUUUUCGGG